GACAACAGUCAGUUAUAAACAACCUCUUUGCUCACGAUCGCUCCCUAUUUAAUCUGUGGUUCGAUAACCUAUUUUUUUUUUGUUUGAAGGGAGCUGUCAGAUUUUGCCGCGUAUUUUUUUUUUGUCUACAAUAUUUUAUAUGGUGAUACUUUUACGUAUAAAUAAUAGUUUUCUAAUAACUGGUUUUUAAAGUGAAAAUAAUAUUUGCCUAAGCCGUUGUGUUUACGUUGACAGUGCGUCGUGAAAAGUGUUAAUAGUGUAUUUUUUUGUUUGUUGCCAAGUGAGGCGAACAGUCGCUGUGACAACGCCGGCCCAAGCGGACAUGACACGCGGCUGCCAUGUUUAAUUUCUUCAAGAAAAAAGGCGGCAAACCCGAGGCCGCGGCGACGGCCGACGACGCCCGAAAACUCCCGAACCCCGACCAUACGAAAUUAACAUCAGUUACCGCGCGCGCGCAACGAAACGAACAGCCUAAUGACAAAACGAACAUACUACGCAAAGAUGUAGUGAAUCUACUGCUACCUGACACCGAUUACAACAACCAGAAGACUGGCGUUGGCGCUAUCCUGCAGAUUAUGGCCGGCAAAAGGAAACGGGGGAAAAGAAAGAACGUGCGAGCCGAGUCGUGUCGCAUCAGCCCCUUGAAAGAGACGAAUGUAUUACAAAGGAGCAACUCCGAUCGGAAAGCGAGUGACGUACACGUUCCCACACAAGCCAAAAAUAAUUCAGACGAUGCGGACUUCGUCAAAGCUCUGGUACUGCAGAAAUAUUCAAAGAACAACGAUAAUAAGGAACACGUGUCGUUAGUGUACGUGAACGAACCUGAUUUGGAUGAAAAAAAACAUGCGGAGGCAUUGCUUAGGGAGAUCGCGCGCACUAUAGACUGUACCGUCGACAAAUUAAAUGAAACCAAACAAAUGGGAGGUACUGACAGCAAAGUUGAUAAGAGUGAACCUGUAUACGAGAGUAUUGACGAACGAAACUUGAAUUAUAGAAAUGAAUUGAAAGGGGAAUUGGAUAAACUAUUAAAUGCUGACAAUGGAGUAGCAGAUAGAAAUAGCGCGGAACCUGAGAGUGAAUCGCCGGGAAUAUCGAAGAAAUCGAAUCUGAAGCCUCCUAGGUCUGACACAGAAGGUUGUUCAGAUGACGACAGGUCAGACUGUGGGAAGAAGAGAGUCACGUUCAGAAAACACAUAGUCUUCGACGAUGGGGAGCAGCAAACUGAUGAGGAAGUCUGUUCUUCUUUCGAGUCCCUUUCUUCUGAAGACGAAGAGUUUCUAGAAGAUGCUGACGACAUAAUAUUCGCUGAUAACACGACUGUUAUCAACGUUAAUAGUUGUGACAGCACUGCUCCUGUGACGAUUAAAGUAGAGAGUCCAGAGACUUUAAAAAGAAUAUCCAGUGACAAUAGUGAUAGUGGUUUUAUAGAAAUAGGUGAUAAGAGUGAAGUGACUGACAAGUUAGAGGACUGUGAAGGCAGUGAGAGUGAGAGUGAAGGUGAAGUGAGUGGGAGUGACUCUGAGGAGGAGAUUAUAGAGGAGAUAAUAGAAGAAGAAGUUUUGGAGACUUUUGUUGAUGGAGAAGAUGGAGAUUUGGAUGAACAGAAAACCCUGGUCUCCCAAGAGUCGAAGUUUCAAUCCCAAGUGGCGACGCUCACAGAGUUAGCCGACAACAGAUGCGGGGAGGCCGAGAGAGCGAGGGAACUCAUCUCCGCUUAUAGGAAAGAAAUUGAGGAGAAGGAUCAGGAGAUAGAACAAUUAAAAUGCGAGCUAGCGUCAGCCUACAAGGAGUCAGAGCUGAUUCGUCAGAGAAGCCGCUCAUUAGAGGAGGAGUUGUCAGCAGCCAGGACGUGUUCCGCCAACUUGGCUGACCAGCUACAUAGGCGGAAUGAUGAAUCAAUACGUCAGCUCAGGGCGGAGUUGGAAGACGCUCUGGGCCAGCGAGCCGAGCUCGAGUCUCGAGUGCUGGCGUUAGAGCGAGACAAGGAGAGGUUAGAGCAGGAGAAGAUAGUACAGGAACAGAAAGCGCAGGAGGCCCUAGCAGCAGCAGAGGCCUGCACAUCAAAAUGGCGGGCAGCACACGAAGCAGCCCGAUCACAAGCCGCCGCCCGAGCAGAGCGCAUGCUGGCAGACUGCGAGUGGAAGAUGAGGGAGCUCGAGAAGAAGGCCAGAGACGCUGACAAGCAAAAUAAAGAGCUAACAGCAACAGUCGAACAGCUAAAGUCAGACCCGAAACCCUCACCAGCUCAAGUAGCAGAACUCCAACAGCUUCGAGGAGUAGUCACAGAGCAGCAGCGCUCGGUACAGUCACUCACGCUGCAACUCCAGAGAGUGGAGACGAGAGAGGAGGCCUUGAAGUUAGAGGUUCAUCGACUGAAGGAGCUGUUGGAGAGAGAGACUGUUAGUGGCAAGGAGAAGGAGGAGAGGCAUAGGAAGGAAGUCCAACGCCUAGAACAGCAACACUCCAAGACCGUGGACAGUCUCCGCGCGGAACAGCAGUCAGCCGCCGCGUCCUCCCGCGCCGCGCUCGAGCGCGCGCACGCCGAGCGCACGCGCGCCGCGCUCGCGCAGCUGCGGGCUGAAGCUGAGCAGGAUGCUAGGAAUGCUGAUAGGAAGCUGAGAGAAGUUACUACUAGGUUCGAAAACCUAAAAGAAGUGCUAGCGACCAAGGAAAGCCAGUUCGAGCACGCGAUAGCUGAAGCCCACAGCAAGGCGGACUGGGACAUCAUGCAGCUCAGACAUAUGCUGGACAAGGCUGAUAUCACGUACGCCAACAAGAUUGAGGAGAUGAGCGAGCGUUUUGAGAAGGAGAAAGAGAGUCUAAUAGAAGAAUGGUCAGAAAAGCUAAAAACAGUAGAAGAACAAGCAGCCAGCGCCGCAGAUGAAGCUAAGAAUCUUCUAGAAUCUACCAGAAUGAAGCUCAUAGCCGAACGAAUGGAACAGGUCAAUAAGCUUAAAGAACAACAUCGACAGGAGAUGGAUGACCAAUGGGAACAAUUUAUGGAAGACAAAGAGAAUUGUCUCGCGAGAAUGAAGACGGAGUGCAGACAGGAGGGAGAGGAAGAAAGAGUGAAACGAGAGAAGGAAUUGAUAGAAGAAAUAGCUGAAUUAAAGUCACAAUUGCAGUCGCAAUCAAGUGAAUAUGACCACUUGGCAGUCAAAGCAGCUGCUUGUGGCAGGACAUUGGCAGUAACAGAGCAGGAAUUAAGAGAGGCCCUGGCGAGGGAGAAGGAGUUGAGAGAGAAGAGAUCAGAAGAUGCUACCAAGAUUAAGCAGGUGGAGAAUGCGUCGAGGGACCAGAUUGAGCAUCUCACGAGGAAAUGCGCUUGUUUGAGGAAACUUUUCGACGACAUUCGAGCCCGCCUGACGGCUCGGGAGCGCGCCGCCGAGCAGGACUCCAAAGCUAAGGAUAAAGAGCUCCACCAGCUGAGGGGCGAAGUCGCCAGGCUCACCAAGAUACUGUUCGAGCAGAACACUCCAAAACUAGGUGCUCGCACUAGGGCUGACGGCUGCGAGACUGCGCCCCCCGAGGAGACGCCAGCGGAGCCCCGGCGCAAGGGUGGGACUCUUCAAACUCCCGAGCCAGUCCGGAAACACUCGAUGUUACCCGAAGCCACGUUCGCGCGCCUAACGCCCGUAGAAAUUCAAAAUGGCCGCCGCCGGGCCAAAAGCGUUGACUUACCAGCGGUCCAAGUGCCAGUUAGAAUAAAACAAUUGGAAGAGAGGAAUAAAGAAUAAUAUUAUUGAUAGUUCUCAAUGCACAUUGUCUGAGUAAUUGUCUGAGUAAAAACAUUAAUAAGAUCCUUUGCACCAUUUAACUAUAACGAUAACCAAACCAUAACCAGCCGUAUACUUGCCGCGCAUUGCUCACAUCGACGAUUUGACUACUGACAAUGGUUCGGUUAUCGUUAUAGUUAAAUGCUGCAACUCAUCGUAAAUAAUUUUAGUCAGUUUUUUAUCGUACAUCAGCAGACAUUUUCAAAGAAAUAAUAUAAUAUGAACAUAACUUGUAAAAAAUCUGUUUGAAAAAAGCAAGCUUGCAGCCAAUGUGUAUUUUAACUAUUAGUUUUACUAGAGUAAAUAACUCUCGCUGGGUUCAGUAAGAGUUAGUUGGUAGAAACAGUUAUUGUGACUUCAAUUAAGACCAUUUCAAAUAUUGCUUUUCAUAUGUAAGUAAUUUACGGGCAUAACAUUUAAAUAAAUCAUGUAAAGAACAAAUCAUGAUUUUUUUUCACAAUGGCUCUAUCAACUCAUUCUACUGACUAAAAUGAGUACACUCGUAAUACUUUAUACUCUUUUGCUAAUUCGUCUCUGACUCCGAAGAGAAAGGGUAUAAAAGUAUACUAAAUAUAAAACUAAGUGCAAUAAUAAAUAAGUAUUUAUGUUUCUCAUUAUUAUUGUUAAGGUAAUAUAACAUUCUGACAAAGGAAUUGAUGUGUUACUAAAAUAAUGUCUGCCUUUUUUUCAAUACUUCACUUAGCAUAAAUUAAACCAAGCCCUUAAAAGUUUGAUUCCAACAUUUUCCCUUUCUUUAGUUUUUCCGUUCAUCUGUGCCUCAAAAAUAGGCAAAGUCAGACAAAACCUUAAUAAUUUUUCCACGGUGUGAAAAAGUAAACGCAACAAAUACCGAUAUUAAAUAACACCUGUUUAACCAACUAAUUAAAUACAAAAAAAUAUAAAUCAAAAUACCUACCUAUACACUUAGUUAUUAUCCGCCAAAAAAUGUGGUGAUUAAAAUAUGGUGUAAAAUGUGGUAUUUCUUUGGGUCAGCCCAAAGAAAUUAUUUUUUUAUUCUCAUUAAUUUAAUUUAAACUAAUGAGAAUAAAGAAUAAUUUUCUUUGCUGGUUAUACUUUAUAUUAAAUACCAAAAUGGCUUAAGUACAGAAAAAAUCUAAAAUAAAAUAUAAGUCCCUUAGACUUUUUUAAUCUAUCCUCAUGUCGUCAAGUGACUAGGCAUCUUUAUUGUAUUAUUACUAUAAUCUGUUGACUAUGGUGCGUGAACUAAUAUGCAAUUAUAAUGCAUUCUCGUGAAUAAAAUGGAAGUUGUAUUUAAUCGUUGACUGUGUACAUAUUAUAUGAUUUUUGUAAUAAACUUUUUGAAAGUA